CUUCCUUCAACGCACACAAUCCGUUGAUAGUUGUGCGAAGGCUCUCUUCUACGCGAUCGUCGUCCGCCGCGGACAGUCGGAGCAAACGUGCUUUUCGAACUGUAAGGGUCUUUGCACGAAGAAAAAUUUUAACCGUGGACGUAACGCGGGUGACACCAAACGCUAACUGGUGGAUGCCGGUACCAACCGCGAAUCUGCGGGAUUGAGAAUUCGCAGACGCGAGUUGAAGUGUCGCCGAGAGAGCGAGGGUUACGACGCCGAGAGGGAGCCGUGGACGUGCGAGAGGAUGUUAGAAGGCGAGGACAACGAACGGUUGAGGACGAGCCAUCCUUUCCUGUAGGUAGUGGAGACUAUUCGCACGCGACGGGAUUUGGGCCCAGGUUAGUCUGCUCCAGACCAGCAAGCAGAUAAUGUCGCUCUUGUGCCCAAAAGGACUUAGUAUACCCUCGAUGUUAGAAUUUUCGGAAAUGUAAAGAUGUCGUAUAAUUUACGCAACCGUAACCUCGUUGGUGAGAUGUUGCAAAUGGAUGCAGAGGAACAUCUAUUUGGUGGAGAGCCAAAUAGAUUCUGAUGAUGCUGAUUAUGAGGUGAUGGAAGAGUCGGAUAAAGCUUCCAGUGAUUCAUCUUUGCAUAUUGAUCCAGAAGAUUUGCAAGAAGGAGUGAGGUCUGAACGAGCAACGUCUUCGGGUGCACGUGGUCGGCCAAGGAGCAAAUUGCGCGGGAAAAACAACUACGCUUGGUCAACGAAUUUGCCUGUUCUCACUUCAGAUCGUUUUAUCCCUCCAGAGGAGAUAAUAAUCCCACAGCCAAUCGGAGCGGCUAGCGCACUCACUAACAUCGAAGAUUUUUGGAAUUUGUUAUUCGAUGACAGCAUUUUAAAUACUAUCGUCAAUAGUACAAAUAAAAUUAUUGAAGAUUUAAUAGUACAGAGAAUUGCCGAAGAAAGAAGUGUUGAAACUGAGCAUCAUUGGCUAGAUUUAAAUGAAUUUGAAGCUUUUUUGGCAAUUUUGUACCAUAUGGCUCUAUGGAAGUCGUCAAAUGUCGAUGACAAUAUGUUCUGGAGCUCUGAAAAUGGUGUUUCUUUUUAUAGGGCUGUCAUACCGAGAAAACGUUUUAGUUUUAUUUCUAACUGCCUACGUUUUGAUGACAAAGAAACGAGAGAUCGAAGCGAUAAACUGGCUCCAGUUCGACAAAUUUGGGACAAAUUUAUUUUCAAUUGCCAACAGUACUAUAAACCACAUUCUUAUUGUACAGUUGAUGAGCAGCUUUUAGGCUUCAGAGGGCGAUUCAUUCAAAAUGUUUAUCAAAUCAAAACCAGAUAAAUGGUAUACCUUACAUUGGCAAAACGACUGUAACUGAAGGAGUAGAGUCAAUUCCUGAAUACUUCUUCAGAAAAGUUACAGAAUCCAUUCAUGGAACUGGACGAACUGUUACAUGUGAUAACUGGUUCACCUCAGUACCUCUAAUUGAAAGGAUGAAAGGCGAACCAUUCAAACUCUCUAUUACAGGCACUAUUAGGAAAAAUAAGAGAGAACUUCCUUUAGAAAUGAAGAUUGCGGGAAAAAGUCCUCCUGAAAGUAAGUUUUGCCAUUCAAAGACUGGAGUGACAUUAGUAUCUUUUACGCCAAAAAAACAUAAAGUGGUUUUACUCGUGUCGUCAUAUAUUUCGUCCACUAAGAUUGUCGAUGGAAAACCAGAAAUAAUACUUCAUUACAACUCAACAAAAGGCGGAACUGAUACGUUUGAUCAGUUGUGUCACUCACACACGGUGAGCAGAAGAACAAAUCGCUGGCCCAUGCGUUUUUUCCUGGGAAUGUUGGAUCAAGCUGCCGUUAAUGCUCGCAUUUUGGCUCAAUGCCAGUCAGUAAGAAGAGGAGAAAAUAAAGUAACAUCUGUCCAAGAGUGCCUUUCUCGAUUAAAAAUGUUUCUUGUCAAGCCCUAUCUUCAAGAAAGGUAUUGCAUGGUUUCACUUCGCAAGUCUUUGAAAGCUGGUAUAGCAAUGAUACUUGGGAUCGAUGAAUUGCGGCAAGAAGCAUCUGAAGAUCAAAAGUUACCUUCUCGUAAGCGCUGUGAUCUGUGUCCCAGACAUAAAGAUACUAAAACGACAAUACAAUGCUUAUCGUGCUAUCGUCCAAUGUAUAAUAAUCAUUGCAUGUAUCUUUGCAUUGAUUGUGGGGAUAGGCAGGAGUAAAAUAGUUCGCAAAUUUGUAAUUUAAAUUUUUCUUUUACUUUUUUAUAAUAAAAUAAACAUUCUGUAAUUUUUUAAGUGUUUUUAUGCCGAAAUAAAUUCAUUUUUUCAUUAAA